AUGUCGGGCUCACCUCAAAUCUAUCGUGCAAGCACUACUGCCCCUGUCAACAUUGCUGUGAUUAAAUACUGGGGCAAACGCGACACGACGUUAAACCUCCCUACAAACUCAUCCCUCUCCGUGACUCUCUCUCAAAACUCUCUCCGUGCUCACACCACUGCCUCAGCAUCAGAGUCCUACUCUGGCGACGAUACCCUCAUUCUCAAUGGAGAACAGGAAGACAUCAAAUCCUCCAAGCGCACACAAGCUUGUCUGAAACACUUGCGUUCGCUCCGAGCAGAUCUCGAGUCUAAAAAUGCAAGCCUUCCCAACCUGUCCCAGUUGACACUUCGACUGGUCUCGGAGAACAAUUUCCCGACUGCGGCUGGUCUUGCCUCCUCCGCUGCUGGCUUUGCAGCACUGGUACGGGCCAUCGCAGAUCUUUACGAAUUACCUCAGUCACCAGAAGAACUUUCUCUCAUUGCUCGACAAGGCUCUGGCUCAGCCUGCAGGAGUCUCAUGGGUGGCUUCGUCGCCUGGAGAGCAGGGACAAAAGAGGAUGGAAGUGACAGUAAAGCCGAGGAGGUCGCUCCAGCUUCGCACUGGCCGGACCUCAGAGCAUUGAUUCUGGUGGUGAGUGCAGAGAAGAAGGGUGUUCCUUCAACUGCAGGCAUGCAAACCACGGUGGAGACCUCGACUCUUGCACCAGCCAGAUUCAGAGACAUUGUACCGAAAAGAUUGCAAGAGAUUGAGAAGGCCAUUCAUGACAAGGACUUUGAGACCUUUGGUAGGAUCACCAUGCAAGACUCGAAUUCCUUCCACGCCAUCUGUCUUGAUUCCUGGCCACCCAUUCACUACAUGAAUGACGUGUCAAGGGCGGCCAUGAGUGCGGUUGAGACGGCGAACCGAAAAGCAGGCAAGAUCAUUGCGGCGUAUACGUUCGAUGCUGGACCAAACGCCGUCAUCUACCACCUGGAAGAACAUACUCACCUCGUGGCUGGUGUGAUCAAGUCCAUCUUACCUUGGAUUCCCGGUUGGGAAGGUGAAUUCGGGGAGAAGAUUCAACCCAAUGAAUUCGGUGGCUUGGAGCAAAAGGCGUUGAUGACACUCAAAACGGGUGUCAGUCGUGUCAUUUGUACUGGCAUUGGUGGUGCUCCAGAAAAGAUAGAUAAGCAUUUGGUGGAUGAGGGUGGUAAGCCAGUGUCUCUGUAG